CAGAGCUUCAACAUGAAGUGGCAGGGACAGGGAGCACUGGAGGUGAUGAUGGUUACAUUGCUGGCUACAAUGACGCACUGCAGUAUCCAAGAACAAGAAGGAUGUCUCACUGCAGUUACGGCUGAUAUAAUCUUCGCUGUGGAUGAAUCAUGGAGUAUGGGAGAGGAAGACUUCCAGAGUAUCAAAGAAUUCCUCAGCGGCAUCGUGACUUCAUUCAGGAAGGCUCCGAUAGGGAAGAGUGGCGUCCGGUUUGGAGCCAUACUGUACAGUGACCAUCCCAGAACAGCAAUUGCACUUACGGACUAUGUGACGAUUGAAGAAGUAUUGGUGUCCCUCAGACACCUUGUAUUUGAAGGGGGAAACACCAAAACAGGAAAUGCCCUUGACUUUCUUACACAAUCUGUAUUCAGCCAAUCAGUGACGAGAGAGAACACACCAAAGAUUGUAAUUUUGAUCACUGAUGGAAAAUCGGCAGAUUCGGUUGAUGACCCAGCGAAGAGACUGCACAAUAACGGAGCGACUGUAUUUACAGUCGGAAUAAAGAGCUCAGAUAAGAAUGAACUGAAGAAAAUUGCUUCUGAUCCUUUCAAAGAGCAUUAUUUAUUUGUGAAAGAUUAUCACCUACUCAAGGCUGUUUUGCCCAAGAUAUCCAGGAGACUUUGUUACACAGCCUCAGAGCCUCCUAGACCUGUGAAGCCAGCAAUGCUGGCAGAAACGAUAAUUGGCCCCCGGGAUUUGGUGAUUGAUGAAGUAAGCUACAACUCAUUGAGACUGACCUGGACUCCAGCCACUGGGGCUGUGAUGAGCUACAGGAUUGCUAUCACCCCUUAUACAUCCGAUGGAGAGCCAGUUACUGUGGAAGAGCAACAGAUUGUUGUGGGUGAUGAUGUCAGCACAAUAUCUGUGACAAAUUUAAAACCCAGAACAAAGUAUUCCAUCACCGUGGUCGCUGUAUACGCUGAUGAAAUCGGGGGUCAUACGAGUAUCAGUGGCAAAACAAAUGCCCUACCCCCUGUGAUGAACUUCCGGGUGACGGAGAAAGGGCUCUUCCAUCUGAGAGUGGCCUGGACUCUUCCUCAAGCACGCUUGUUGGGUUACAAGAUCUAUAUACCAAGAUCCAACAGAUCUGGGAUGACCUAUGAACAGAAUGUCAAAGGAGAUGUCUCGUUUCACCUGAUAGACAAUCUACAGGAAGACAAGGACUACACCAUCAGCAUCUAUGCUGUGUACCCUGAGGGACCCAGUGAGCCUGUGUCCACCACCAGCAGAACAUUGAAGCUUGCAGCAGUGGAGAAAUUAUUGUUGGAGAAUGCAACUACGGACACCAUACAGGCUAAGUGGCUUCCAGUCAACGGCACAACUGGCUACAGACUGACAUGGGGACGUUAUGAUAGAGAUAUGCAGAAUAUAAAUUUGGGGAAUGAUUACACCUUCUACAUGAUCCGUGGCUUGCAAGCUGGUACUGAAUACACUAUAACCAUUAACCCUAUCUUUGGUGAUGUGGAAGGCCCAGUCAUCACUGGCAAAGCUACGACAUUGGCAACAAGUUCUGUCCGGACUCUGCAGGUAUCGUCCACCACCACAAGCAGUGCCGUCAUUACGUGGAAUGCUGUCCCGGGCGCCACAGGGUAUAGAUUGGCCUGGGGUCCCACACCAGAAUUCAUUGGGAGAGAUCGACCACAUCAAGUAGUGUUGAACAGCAGUGUGACAUCCCAUCAACUCAAACACCUGAUUGCCAACACGGAAUAUGUCUUGUCUCUUUAUGUGAUCUUUGGUCCUGUUGUUGGCCCUGGAACAGCAGCAACUGUGAAAACAACUCCACUCGGACGGGUACCGACCUUCAGGGUAACCACAUACACCACUACUUCAGUGUCCGUGGUCUGGGCUGCCACCAUUGGAGCAACAGAGUACAAGAUAACAUGGAGCCCAACAUCAGGCCGAGGCACAACACAGAAUGAUUAUGUGGAUCGCAACACGCUGUCUUACCGUAUUGAAAACCUGAACCCGGGUACACACUACACAAUCAACAUUCGUGCUGUGUAUGGGAGUUCUGAGGGGCCUGCUGUCUCCCUUUCUCAAAUGACAGCCUCUCUGGAUUCUCACCAGAUUCAAUCUGUGAAGGAACUGAAGAUCAUCGAAACCAGAGCCAAUAGUAUAAAACUCGCUUGGAAACAGGUGCCUGGAAUCUCAGGAUACCAAAUAUCCUGGGCUCAAUUGAGAGGAGGUCUUGAAAGGACACGGAUUGUCCCAGCUGAUACCACACUUCUUGUGAUAAGUGGAUUGGAAGAAAGUUCUAUAUACACCAUUCGAGUUGCAACCAUGGUUGGGAACAGACGAGGAUUGCCCACAGUAUUCUCAGCCCAGACACGCUCUAAACGUAACUCCUCUGUAACAGCAAAACCACCAAAAGCUAUUUCAGCAGGUGUACUAACUGCUGGGACUGGACCUAAUGCCGCACAACAAGACAGUGGUCACGAUGAUCUGACUUUACUAUCUACAACCAGCCCCGGCAUAACCUCUCCCAUUGCAAGGAAGGUAUCAGCAUCUCAGAUCACACAGGAGGGACCUGUUUGUUCCAAGGCCAAGGCCGAUGUUGUAUUCCUGGUGGACGAAUCCUGGAGCAUUGGGCAGAACAACUUUAAUAAAAUCAGAGAUUUCCUCUUCAGGAUCAUCUCGUACUUCCCAAAGAUUGGACCUGCAGGGAACCAGGUAGCUGUGGUUCAUUAUAGUGACAAUCCCAGGACUGAGUUCCCACUUAACCAGUACAAGGACAGGAAUUCAGUAUUGAGAGCAGUCAGAGGAGUGCAUUAUGGAGGAGGAAACACCAGGACAGGCAAAGGCAUUGGUUAUGUCUUAAAGGAGCUAUUCCAGACAGCUGCUGGGAUGCGACAAAAUGUCCCCCAUAUCCUGGUCCUGCUGACUGACGGGCGCUCACAAGAUGCCUUGGAAGUACCAGCGAGAGUGGCUUUUGGUUUAGGUAUUAGGAUCAUUCCUGUGGGGAUUGCAAGUGCAGAUAUGGAGGAACUCAAGAAGAUCAUCUACAGUGGCCAUCAGAAUAAUAUAUUCUUUGCCAACACCUUCAAUGAGUUGCCUUUGAUUGAGAGGGACCUGGUAGAAAGAAUCUGCACUGAAGCCACUUUAACAAAGUACCCUAGACAAGGUCAAUUGGAAGCCAACUCCUAUAUGGACAACCAGAAAAUAGAGUCUAUGAUAUCCAAAGGACUUGAGAGUGAAACUGAAGAUGUCAAAAAGCCCGAAGGUCCCUGUGCGAUCCAGUGCCAGAAGGGUCAGAAGGGAGAACAGGCAGAAAUGGGCCCUUCAGAAAUCCUGGGAGAGCAAGGAUUUCUGGGAUUACGCACAAGUGGAGGAUACGAUUCAUUUGCAUUUGCAGAUAAGGGAGAGAAAGGAGAAAGGGGCCUACCAGGAAAGGAUGGAAUCCCAGGCCUUCCGGGUCGCCCAGGCCGCACAGGGGCUCCUGGCUCAACUGGGCUGAGGGGUCCCCAAGGAAUACAAGGCGAUAGAGGAUUUCCCGGAUUUAAAGGUCCUCCAGGUCCUAAGGGCGAGAGAGGAGAACCGGGGUAUGUUCUAGGAGGAAGUGAUGUUAUUCCUGGCCGGAGAGGAGAACCUGGAUCUCCGGGUCCAAGUGGUGAGCCAGGACUUCCAGGUGUACCCGGACCAUCGGGGCUUCCGGGACAGCCGGGGCCUCAGGGGCAGCCUGGCAUCUCUGUCAAGGGUGAGCCAGGAGCUGUUGGUCCAAGGGGCUUACGUGGUAAACCUGGCCCUAAAGGAGACAAGGGAGCAAUGGGAGCCCCUGGAAUUGCUGGUUUGCCUGGACCAAUUGGACUUGAUGGAAUUCCUGGGCACCCGGGGAAUAAAGGAGAAAAGGGAAUUGAUGGUAUUGGCAUCCCAGGAAUACCUGGAGAAAAGGGGAUUGAGGGAGAAAAGGGAGCUACUGGCCCACAGGGGAGCCCAGGUUACAAGGGUGAUCAAGGAGACAAAGGGAAGAAUGGAGAGGCUGGCCAAAAGGGCAAACGUGGACCCAAAGGAGAUCGAGGGGAAAAGGGAAACAAAGGAGAAAUUGGUGAAUUGGGGCCACAGGGAUUUGCAGGACUUCCAGGACCGAUAGGUUUGAAAGGAAACAAAGGAGAUAGAGGCUAUCCAGGAGAUCCAGCCAAAGGGAUAGUGGGACCCACUGGGAAUAAAGGAGCUCGGGGAGAUGCUGGACCACCUGGACCUAUGGGACCCAAAGGCAAUCAAGGGAUCCAAGGGAUUAAAGGUGAAAAGGGAAGCCCAGGAUAUGGAAUUCCAGGUCAACCUGGCCCCAAAGGAGAACCAGGUGAAAGGGGGAAUGUUGGCUUAUCGGGGAGACCGGGUGAAAAGGGCGAAAUCGGCAUGGAUGGGAAAGAGGGGAGUCCUGGUGCUCCAGGAAACCCCGGCCCUAUUGGAUUAAGAGGUAAAGAUGGGGCAAAGGGUCAAAAAGGUGAAUCAGGCAAGGGUGAAAUGGGUCCUCCAGGUUUCACAGGGGAGCGUGGACUGCGGGGUCCACUGGGCUUACCUGGCCGGCCUGGAGAAAAAGGGCUUAAAGGAGAUACUGGAGACGCAGGAGCAAUGGGAGUAAUUGGCCCAAAGGGAACAAAAGGCGAGAAAGGGAAGCCAGGUCUCCCUGGGCAACCAGGGUUAACUGGUGAUCGUGGGGAGUCAGGUGCUGUGGGAGAGAAAGGUGCCCCUGGAACUGCUGGCCGUCCUGGGCCAAGGGAAAGAAUUCUGAAAGGACAAAAGGGUGAGCCUGGACAGAAAGGUGAAGCUGGGCAGAAUGUCUUAGUGGGACAGAAGGGCAACCCAGGGGUUGUUGGACAUCCAGGACUCCCUGGCGUUCCAGGCAUUCCUGGCAAACCAGGAGCUGAUGGAAAGCGUGGGCCACCUGGAAAGGAGGGUCUGAAAGGUAACCCUGGACUGCCAGGUCAUGAUGGUAAAGAUGGUAAAAAAGGAGAGAAGGGGUCACCUGGCCCCCCCGGACCUCCAGGGCUUCCCUUACCUUCCAAUGAGGAGACUGUAUUCAAUUAUACAGAUUUGCCCUUCAUUCCUUUGCCGGUUGGGCCCCCAGGAAUACCAGGUGAAAAAGGAGAAAGAGGACUCAAAGGUGAACAAGGAGACCCUGGACAGCAAGGAAAAGGAAUUGAUAUCAAGGAUCUAGAAAAGCUUUUUGAUAUUUACGGUAUAAAGCUGUCUCUUUUGAAGGAAUUAAUUGACAAACUUCUUCAAAAUGGAAUGGAGGAUGUUCUGCAGCAGCUCACAAAUUCAAGGAAAAGUAAGCCGAAAAGAAAAAUCCAUGAAUUAAAAAUGCAGGAUUCGCCUCUGAAAUACAACCUUGCAAGCCAACCUCUCUCUAAUGAGCAAGAGGUGGUAAAGGAGUUUGACUUGGAUGAACCAAAUUCUACCCAUCAGGAUGAAGCUCAUUUACUCUGGAGUGGAAGUGAUUCAUCCCAUAGUGUAAGUGUAAGAGAAGUGUCUGAGAGUUUGAGUAAGGAAGGCAGCUCUGGAAAUCUGGAAGCAGUUGAUGGUGAAGCCAGUGACAAAUCACCAGAUCCCAAGAAGAGUGGUUCACAUCUUGAUGGAGCCUUGUCUGAUAACCAGACCAUGACAAGUACAACCAAGAUGAAACCAAAGCCAAGGAGACAGAAAAGCAAGCAGGCCUCGAUAGCUAAACAAAAUCCAGCGGAGAAUUCAGAUAAGAUUUUAGUAAGAGUAAGAAGAAUGGAUCCACUACAGGAAGAUCAGACAUGGUCACCAGGAACAGCAGGAAUGAGAAAAGGAAAGAAACUAAGGACAAGAAUAAGACUUUCAUCACAAGGGAGAGCGGACGAUUACCACAGUAUCAGGAAGUUAAAAAGAGGAAAGAAGAAAGCAUUGAACAUUGUUGCUCCUACACUGGCUGUCAUCUCACUGAAAGGUGAAAAGGGAGAACCAGGGAUAAAAGGAAACCAGGGUGCCAAAGGGGAAACUGGUGAAAAGGGUCAAAAGGGAGAGCCUGGUGUUGGAUUCAGAGGACCAAUUGGCCAAUCAGGAUCUCCUGGACAAAAGGGUGAACCAGGAUUAAGAGGUCCUCCAGGGGCUCAAGGUAUACAAGGCAUUGCAGGUAAUACAGGAAUCCCAGGAUCCCAAGGUGCAAGAGGUCUUCCAGGAGAGCCAGGAGUGCCAGGCCUUAAGGGUAUUCGAGGAAGAAGGGGCAAGAACGGAUCACCUGGACCACCUGGAAUAAAGGGACCAGCUGGUCAGGAGGGACCUCCUGGAAAACCUGGCUUCAAGGGUAACAAAGGUAAUAUUGGAUUGGGUAUGCAAGGACCACGAGGUGUUCGAGGUUUUCCAGGUUAUCGGGGAGGCAGUGGUGCUCCUGGAUCUGUUGGGGAAAUGGGGCCAAUGGGUCUGAAAGGAUUACCUGGUCGAAAAGGAGAAAAGGGAGAUUUUGGGAUGGUAGGGAUUAAAGGUGAAAAGGGAGACCCACAUGGCAUAUCAGGACCCCAAGGAUAUAAAGGAGACAAAGGGGAUCCAGGUAAAAGGGGCCCUCCUGGAUUCGAUGGUGAUAAAGGAGAGAAAGGUGAAGAUGGACCCCCAGGACUUAAGGGUCACAAAGGAGAACCAGGGUCAAAAGGAUCAAUGGGUUUGUUUGGAGCCAGAGGUCCAACAGGACAAAAGGGUGAACCUGGUGAGCAUGGCAGAAACGGAAUUGCAGGCAAAGCUGGACUUGAUGGUAAAAGCGGAGCUAAGGGAAUUAAAGGAGACAGAGGUCUGCAAGGACAGAAAGGGAAUGUGGGAGAUAAGGGUGACCAAGGUUUAAAUGGAGAUAGUGGACACAGGGGUGAGAAGGGUUCACAGGGUUUACCAGGCCAAAGAGGACAACCCGGAAUUGGUGCUGAAAAGGGUGAAAAGGGUGAGCCUGGGUUACCAGGGAAGUUGGGGUUAGACGGUCUAACGGGACAGAAGGGGUCUCAAGGAUUUCCAGGUCCUCCAGGGCCCAAAGGAGUUUCAGGAGAAAAAGGACAAAAGGGUUCUAAGGGUGUACCUGGACUCACUGGUUUCAAAGGGACCAGGGGUUUACCUGGAAAACCUGGACUAUCAGGGCCAGCGGGUGCUCAGGGUCAGAAAGGUGAACCUGCAGCAAAGGGUGAACCGGGGAAGCGAGGCCGAACCUGCCAUGGCAAGAGAGGCUUUCCAGGGAUUUCAGGAGGAAAGGGAAAUCUGGGAGAAAUUGGACCCAUGGGACUGAAAGGUGAGAAAGGAGAUCCUGGACUUUCAGAAGAAGAAGUGAAAGAAGUUGUCAGAAAAGAAAUGAGCAACAUAUGUGCUUGUGCAGGAAAAGAUUUCCAAUUGAUUAUUAGAACAGAUGAUUCCAAAGAAAACUCCUGGGAAAAAGGUGGAGAAAGCAGAAAAGAUGUACAAGAAAGAAUUGACAAUGAAGACAGUGAAGAAGCAGAAUUUGAGGAUGAAGUUGAAUUUGGAAACAUAACACUACGUAAUACCACAGUUUCUUGUGAACAGCCAAUGGAUGAAGGAUCCUGCUCAGAGUAUGAACUACUGUGGUAUUAUUCUCCUGAAGUUAAUGAAUGCAGACCGUUUGUGUAUAGUGGUUGUGGUGGAAAUAGCAAUCGCUUUUCUUCAAAACAAGGAUGCAUACGUCGAUGCAUGAAAGGAUUAAAAUAGGAGGCUGAAUCAUAUUAAUUUAUAUCUUGAGCCAAUAAGGAAUUGACGAGUCAGUCAAUGUGCAUCUUCACUCAAGAAAGAAAACAGGAACCGGACAGAUCUUGUUCACUAAUGUCAAAUGGAGGAAAACUAAUUGCAGAGCUAUUAAUGUAUAAGUGUUUCAGAGAAAUGACUUUGCAACUUUGAUUGAUGUGAGUUAGUAUGCCAAUGACCUGUGUGUUUGAAUGUUUUUAUUUGGACUUCUCAAAGCUUGAUUGAUAUUUGACUUUCUAUAAGU